AUGAUAUCAAAAAUGCUAUUGAGAAACUCCGGCAGCCUUAAAUCUUUAACCAGGGGUGGUGAGCCUUUUAUUCAAAAAGAAUUGGAUUAUGGCGCCCACAACUAUACCAAGCGCCCUAUUUUAGAAUGCUCUUAUUAUAUAAAAGCUGUCGCAGAUAAUUAAAAAUGAGCAAAUUUCGUAAUAAAACCUAGAUUUUUCACAAAAUUUAUUAUCUCAAGGCACACGCUAAAAGCGUGCCUAAUAAAUAUCAUCCCCUUCCAGUCGUUCUUCAGCGCGGCCAAGGAAUUUACGUAUGGGACAUCGCAGGCAAACGGUAUAUGGAUUUCCUGUCUGCGUACUCUGCCGUGAACCAAGGCCACUGUCACCCUAAAAUAGUCCAAACAAUGAUAGACCAAGCCCAAGUCCUCACAAUAACUUCUAGGGCUUUCUACAACAACCUUUUAGGCGACACUGAAGAGCUUCUCUGCAAAACUUUCGGCUACCAAAAAGUCCUUAUGAUGAAUUCAGGCGCUGAAGCUGGCGAGUCUGCUGUUAAAAUUGCAAGGCGAUGGGGUUACCAAGUCAAAGGAAUCCCUGACAAUCAGGCUAAGGUCAUUUUUUGCACUGGAAAUUUCUGGGGUCGAACUUUAGCUGCUUGUGGCUCAUCUGAUGACCCUGACAGAUAUAGGAAUUUUGGGCCUUUUGGAGGGCUUAAUUUUCAUUUGGUACCUUAUGAUAAUAUUGAAUCUUUAGAAGAAGAACUGAAAAACCCAAAUACAGCUGCAUUUAUGAUGGAGCCAAUACAAGGGGAAGCAGGUGUUGUGGUGCCAAGCAAAGGGUAUUUGACAAAGGUAAGGGAAUUGUGCACAAAAUAUAAUGUAUCCAUUUUUCUAUUAAAUUGUGUUAGAAUUUAUUAAUAAUUUUGCAUUAAAAUAAAUAAAGAAUACUUAUGAUCGCUGACGAAAUACAGACAGGCAUUGGAAGGGCUGGGAAACUUCUUGCAGUCGAAUGGGAAGGGAUAAAGCCUGACAUUGUGACUUUAGGAAAAUCAUUAUCAGGCGGCCUCAUGCCUAUAAGUGCUGUGCUUGCUGAUGAGUCAGUUUUGCAGGUUUUAGACCCAAAUUCGCAUGGCUCUACUUUUGGUGGGAAUCCUUUGGCUUGUAAAAUCGCUAAAACUGCCCUUGAAGUUGUCUUUGAAGAAAAUUUGAUUAAUAAUUCAAGAGAACUAGGAGAAGUUUUUAGAGCUGAGUUCAAGAAACUUGAAGGGGGAUUUGUAAAAGAAGUCAGAGGAAAAGGGCUUAUGAACGCUUUAGAAAUUUCUACACCUAGUGGAGCUUGGGAAUUGUGUGAGAAAAUGGCAGAAAAAGGGCUGCUGGCUAAGCCAACUCAUGGGAAUAUUAUUAGGUUUGCACCACCUUUGGUGAUUAACAGAGAGCAGCUAUAUGAAGGAAUCAGUAUUAUAUAUGAUUCAAUAAAAGAAUCACAAUAA